UUCGAGACAAUCAGAACGGCGAAUGUUUAAAAUAGUCUCGAAGAUAAGAGAAAAGCUGUACACAAAUCUGGAGAAUUAUGACGGCUGAUUAUUUCACUCGCACACAAUCAUAUUCAGGUUUUAGUGAUGGAACAGAUUCUCCUGGAAUUCCUCUGGCAUCAAGGACCAAUCCAUUAUCUUCAAAAGUCACGAGUGUCCUCUCCGCAUCUUAUGCCGAUUCAGAUAUCAGAGAUGCUCUGUCCUUAUUAGACAAACGAGGUAUACAAAACACUGCUGAGACUAGACGGCGGUUAAGGUUAGAUGUUCAGAGGGAGGUUAUUGAAAGUAAUGGCGACAUAAUUCGUGAAUUUGGCCAUGUUGCAGAGGUAUGAGCCUUCUUCCUCGUGUCGUUCAGAUCUCUCAUCUCAUACAAAUAUAGCAACUUAAACGCAUUGGCCUUACCAUUGCUACUCUCAAUCAAGGGUGUGAAGAGAUGAAGCGACAUAUUUCAGCCGCCCAUCAAGAAACAGCUCCAGUCAUACAGGAAGCUUCCGAGCUCAUGAAGCAACAGGAACAGAUGCAAGCAAAGCAGGAACUGUUAAAUGCCUUUAAUGCACAUUUUGUUAUGUCUGAUGAUGAUAUUGCAAUGCUCACUUCAACGGCAGAGCCUGUGAAUGAUAAAUUUUUCUCCAUUCUGAGUAGAGCGAAGAAAAUUCAAAAUGACUGUGAGAUUCUACUUGGGACAGAAAAUCAACGCUUGGGAUUGGAAAUUAUGGAACAAACCUCAAAGAAUAUUAAUGGUGCUUUUCAAAAACUUUAUCGAUGGAUACAAAGGGAAUUUAAGACACUCAAUCUGGAAAAUCCGCAGAUAAGUUCUUCAAUCCGCCGCGCCCUUCGCGUACUAGCAGAACGGCCAUCGCUAUUCCAAAGUUGUCUUGACUUUUUUGCUGAAGCAAGGGAGAAUAUACUCUCGGAUGGAUUUUAUACUGCAUUGACCGGGACCACCGUUGGAGGCGAUGAAGACCCUUCAAUAAAACCAAUCGAAUUAGUAGCUCAUGACCCACUACGUUAUGUAGGAGACAUGCUGGCCUGGACUCAUUCUGCCACAGUAGGUGAGAGAGAAGCUCUUGAAGUCCUCUUCAUCUCAGACGGCGAUGAGAUCGCAAAAGGUAUACAAGCAGGGCUAGAUAGUGAGCCUUGGAACCGCAUAGCUAAAAGCGAGAACGAGGUUGGCCAUUUUGAUGGUUUGAAAGCUCUCAACGAAUUAGUUGAUCGGGAUGUCGCAGGUGUUGCGCGGGUUCUUCGCCAAAGAAUUGGCCAACUGAUACAAAGCCACGAAGAGAUAAUAAUGGCAUACAAAGUAGCAAACCUGUUGAAUUUCUACCGCGGUACAUUCCAAAGGUUGCUCGGAGACGACUCAGUUCUUCUCGACUCUCUUGCGACUCUCGAAGAGUCGGCAUUACGCCAAUUCCGGGCUUUAAUGCGCGACCAUAUCACUAGCCUCCAAGCCGAAACCCAGGUUGCCCCUCCUCAUCUCAGCCCACCCGAUUUUCUGCAUGAAGGCUUGAAACAACUAACUGCCAUUAUGAAAACAUAUGAAACAUCCUUCACAUCCCCAGAGACCCGAGAAGCUGACUUCGAGCCCAUUCUCAUCGAAGCAUUCGACCCUUUCAUGAAAGGUAGCGAAAACGUCGCAAAGGAUCUCUCAGCUCCUGGAAGUACAAUCUUCACAAUCAACUGUCUCCUAUCCGCCCGAGCAACCCUCGCUCCCUUCGACUUCACUAUCUCCCGUGUUUCGAAAAUCAAAGAUACGAUAGAAGAACACGCCGCCACUCUCAUAGAACACCAAUAUAUCUUCUUCCUUGAAAAGUCUGCUCUACAGCCGAUCCUACAAGCCUUAUCCACCACCAUGGAUAUUAGAGAGCACCCAGUUUUCCAACCUGCGUCUUUAAUCCAAGCCUCUCAAACCCUAGAUGAUUUCCUACCUUCGGCACUAAUGGACGCGAUGGAGAAUCUCAAAGAUCUGCAAAAUAGUAUGUUGGUGCGACAAAUUACCGAAGAGGCCGCGGAGAAAUUCUGUGACGAUUUCGAAAAGAUGGAAGACAGACUUAUGAAGGCCGAUGAGGAACUGGAGGAAAGUCUGGAUGAAGAGGACGGACAGCGGGAGCCAUUACGGGCGUUAUACCCUAGAACUGGGGGAGAAAUUAGGGUUUUAUUGUCAUAGGGACUACAUAUGUUCAAGAUUUGGAGAUUGAAGUUACAUAGAAAAUUAUAAAGGUAUUA